CCACGCCCCUCCCCCUCUGACCUCCCCGCGGCCCUCCGGGCUCCCCUAUCUACUCUCGGGCAGCGGUCUCUUCACGCGCACGCAGACAUGCCGGAGUUCGUGGAGGACCCGUCCUUGCUGACGAAGGAGAGGCUGAGGAGCGAGCUGCUGGCCCACAGUGUGGAGCUGCCGAGCGGCACCGCCACCAAAGACGUGUACGUGCAGCUCUACCUGGAGAACCUCACCCCCCGGAACCGCGCGGCCGCAGCUCUGGACGCCUUCUCCAGCGACGAGGAGCCGCCGCCGCGCGGGGCGUCCGGCCGGAUCCGCUCCUCGAACCGGAAGUCUGCCAGGAGGGCGGAGAAGGUGGAGGCGGAGUCGCUUGACAUUGCGGCGCUCUCCAACGAGCGCCUGAGGGAGGAGCUCCUCAAGCACGGUGUGGACGCCGGCCCCAUCCUGGCUUCCACUCGUAAGCCUAAUGAGAAGAAGCUGCAGAAGCUGCUGGAGAACGGUCCUUCGCAGCCGCCGCCUGCAGACGCCCCGGUCAAUGGAGACUCUGAGCCCGGUGUUUACAGCGACGGGGAGGAGGAGCUGCCCGCGGUACCAGAGCCAGAACCGGAUCCAGAACCAGAACCAGCUCCAGUGGUGGAGAGACAAUUGAGGAGCCGCACUCGCAGAAGCCAGCAGCAGACGGUCCAGAAAACCAAAACCAGCAGCCAGAGCCCAAAGAAGGAGCAGGCGUUUCCGAAUGACCUGAACUGUCCCACAGGGAUGCUCGCCACCUGCCGGCAGCCCAUUCGAGGAGCAGCUGGAUGUCCAGUGACCGACGAUACUUCCUUCCAGUCUGCCAGCGACUCCAAGAACAACCCCUCCUCAGAGCAACGUGCCGCCACAGUCAGCAGCCAGACCCCUUCCUCCACCAAGCCCUUGACCGCGACCCCCCCUGCAGGUCAGGUCAGAGCGGUGCGCCGCUCCAUGUCCGUGUGGAUAAAGCUGUGUCUGCUUGGUGUGGUCUUGGGGUUCCUGUUCCUGGUGUACCAGAGCAUGGAGACCAACAUCGUCGCCCUUUUCUCAGACUAAGACCCCGGCGCCAACCUUUCAGCAUAGAGUCCAGGAGGAGGAGGACGCUCUUCAGUCUGAUUUGUGAACAUGCUCUUCUCUGCCUUACCUAUGUCAGGUGCUUUUGCUUCCUCGUGUCUAAGCAGUUUCCAGUGACAGAAACGACGUGGGCAUUUUAGUUUGAGUGAGGACCCGGACGGCCGUAAAGCAGACCCUCCUGAGCCACUUGGUCUAUCAUGAAUCUGGACUCCAGCUGACAUCAAAGUUGCUGAGACUUUGACUUUUCUUUGUGUCUUAGAUUUUUUUUACCCUCAACUAUCAUGGUUGAAGUUUUUAUCCAGAAUCUUUUUUACUGUUUUCUUUGUAUUUUUUUAAUAAAAAAUGUUUGUACUCUUUUUGUACUUGUAACUUUUUGUUCGUCCUCAACUCAAUAAACGCUCUUAAUGUGUGUG